CUUCCUCACUUUGAAAAUCUGUAUCAUGAAAGUUUUAUCAUCUCAGAUCUGUUUAAAGCGUCUAUCCCACAAUCCGUAAUGAGCAAUCUGUCUGCGAAUGGUUCUAAAGCGAUCAACAUCAACUCAGACGAUGAUAUUAUAGUGCUGGCAAUGUCAAAAAAUACAGAGUCAGCCUCUCAACAAUCCCAUGGAGCCUUCGCAGUUCUUCCAACUCAUGUUUUAGGCCCUUCUAAUUACGUUGUUGUUACGCACUGCUUCUGGCACGGCUGUUUUCUUGGCAUCACUAGUGGACUAUCGGAAGUAGACGUCAAUAUAAUAAUACAAUCUUCCUCAAUAGUCGAAUAUCAAAACCAGACUUACAAUUCAUCUGCUUCCAUAAGGACACAUCUUCAAGCAUUUGAAACAAUUCAAAUCAUAGCAUUCAAAGUAGAUUUAACUGGAUCGGUAGUUAACAGUGAUGGUGUCAUAGCUGUCUUCAGUGGAGCUGUUUACGAUAUUUUCGACAUUCCUGGGGCUACUCCUAAUUUUCGAGGAGAUCAUAUGAUUGAACAAAUGCUUCCUGAAUCGUUGCUGGGACACGAAUACAUCAUUGCCCCACCUCACGUCUAUUUUCUUAAUGAGUUUAACAAUAAUGCAACAGUCGUUGUUGGCUUCUUCCAUAGCAACACAGAACUUUUCUACGAUUCAUCUAGCUUAAUUCAAACUGGAGAAUCAACUUUUAAAACGACUGACUUCCGGCCCACCAAAUUAACCUCCAGUCACAAAGUAUCCGUAACAUUACUGCUUCCGAAUUAUUCCGGCUAUUCCGGUGGUUUUUACAGUGAACCAGCCAUGGUCGUUCUCCAUCCCCGCAAUGUCUGGGUACACACAUACGACGCAAUACUCACCGACGAUGCAGUGACGACCAAUACACUCAGGCUACAACUAAUUACAGAGAGUAAUUGUAGCGCAUCUUUCAUGUUCAACGACAUUGUGAGAACGCCGACCUCUGUUUUAUCUAGAGAUAACUAUACAGCUUACGUGUUCUCCCUAAGCAGCAGUGGAGUGGUCUCUAUAGUGAACAGCGAAUGUGUGUUUACAGGAUAUGUGUACAGUUACGUCAAUCAAACGUCUAAUCCUGCAUUUGCGUAUGCAUUAAAUGCAGUAAGUCCACAAGUGAAACCAACGCUUACAACAACCUACUCACUAGAGCCGAGCAGCAUGGGAUCAUCCUUGUCCACAGCGUAUGAUAGUGGUAGCACAAUGACUGAUGUAGCUAGCUCUACCACAUUAACAAGUCUCGCGGCUAGUAGUAGUAUAGCUUCUACUCAUGAUUUCACAGCUUUUACCAAUACUGUCACAACGCCUACAGCCAACAGUGACUUUACAACGUAUGUUGGGACCAAUGUCAUGACUAGCAGUAUAGUUGUGACAACACUUGAUGUCACUCCUACAGUAUCAGAUAUCACUUUCAGUUCCACAACAUCUACGGUGCCAACUACUGACUUCAGUCAAACGGUAACUCCAGCGACACCAAUUGUCAUCAUUGAUAAACUGCUGGCAUCAAGUAAUAAAACUCUGAAGUGCCCAUGCAAUUGUCUCAACAAAUUAGUUGAAUUGAUUCAACAAAACUUGACUACGUUGAGUAAAGCGAGAAAGCUUGAGAUAAUGCAGACACUCUUAUUAAAAAGAUCGUCACUCUCCUCCUAUCGCAGAGAAAAAACCUCGACAGAAAAUUUUGUGAAAUCUGAACAAUACAUUGGCUCAACGUUUGGAGUCGUCACUGUUUGUAUUGUGAUUGUUAGUAUUGUUCUGUGUGAUGUCAUAACUUUAUCCAAGUUGAGUGUCUACUUCAUUAGGAGUAAUCAGUCACGGCAACAGUAGAUUAUACUUGAUGUAUAUUUUCAAUAAUGGCUAUGAAUUUCGCUUUAAAAAAAUUUCUUUUUCUAAAAUUUAACAUUUUAAGUAAAUAUUUCUGCAUUUCUCACGAUUGUGUUAGAAUGCCAAUGUUUACGCUGAAAUACUUUAUUACCAUAAUCAGCUACAUCAUUUGUUGCUAAACAGAUGUUAGUCGUUGAGACGUUACCCCAAACAGUUUUUGUGCAAUUCUAAUAAAGGAUUACUUUCAUAAUGACGAGAAAAAAUACCAACAGAAAAUCUUACACAUAGAACUUUAGAAUAGAAUCUGAUUAUGAUGUUUUAGUUUUUAUUUGUACUAUUCACACAAUAAGCUUAUAGAGGAAGUUGUGAUUUGUGCUACUAAUAACAUGAUAUGGAUCAUUAGGCUGCUGAAAGAAUGAAAGUAAAUCUGAUAGAGAUGAAUACCUAAAGCUGAUUUAAUUCCAACUUUCCUCUAUUUUUGUGUCAAUUGUCUCUGUGUCAAACUACUAAAGGGAAGUUUCUCUCGCUGGUUUAUUGUUGGAUUCAAAUUCAAACUGAAUUUCUUAGUCAUGCGUUUCUAAAGGAAUAAUUUACACCUAUUGGGUUACUGGUGCUACAUAAACACCAAGAUGGAUUAUAUUUUGUAUGACUUUGAUUGGCCCAGACAACAAACUUGAAGUUAGAGCUGAACAAUGUUAAUUGCAUCAUGUUUUUACACAGCAGGAUUUCCAAAAGCAUACAUAAUGUGUGAGCAUCUUCCCCUAUCCCAUUCAGACCUUAAUGGGGGAAGAUGAUGUAAAGCUGUUUUUUUGGCGAACGGUUAACAAGGAUUUCUUUGUGCCAGCACAACGACAAAACGUCUUUGCUACCCUAACGAAACUCAUGUAACCAUUAGAGACUUAACAUUUAUCUAAUUUCUCAGCCAUAUGAACUAAUAGUUCAACUGAAGUAGCGCUUACAUAUGAUGAAAAAAAAAACAACGUUCAUAACUUAUACUAAAUAUUCUUUUUAGCGGCCCCCGAAAGGGCAAAAGAUGCUUUUUAGUUUUGUGUGGCCUGUCUGUCCGUCCGUCCGUCCCUCCCUUUUAGAUCUCAGAAAGUAGAAGAGAAAAUAAAAAUCGGACAUCAUAAUAUUUUAGAUCAUUUAAAUUUCUGAUGCAAAGGCUAGUUUUUUCUUUUCUGAAAGCUAAAAAUCUAAUUUUUUAAAUCAAUUAUGCAAGAAUUUUUUUUAUAUAAAAAUACACCAUUUUCACAACUAUUCACUAUUAAUAUUAACAAACAUUGGAGGCUUUUUAGUAAGGAAGAUGACUAUUUACCAUUUUUUAACACAUUUAUGCAAAUGAUGUAGUUUAUCAUAUUAUCGCGUGAACUGCAGUGUUCAAACUAUAUUGUAGAACACAAAACUAAAGGAUUUUUUUUACGAAAUGUUUUUUUUCUUGAGGCUUUGAAUAAGAGAUUGACCUUUUACAAAACAAUUAGAUCAAUCAGAUUCAUUAUAAAACAUCAGAAAGGCCAGGUUCACAUCUAAAUUGACAUUCACUUUUACUAUCCCUUGUUUUGCUGGACCUUUGGGGCACCACACAGGAUCUGUCAACCUUCUUUCUCCUUUCUUCUCUGUCAUUUGCCUUUGAUAGAAUUUCGAUAUGAUAUUCUUUCUGAAAAUAUUGAAACCUGCCUUUUUACCUGCUUGGGUGGACCACUUCUGAUAAAAUUCAAUACCGAUACUCUUCUGAAAUUAUUGAAACCUGCCUUUAUUCCUGCCUGUGUGGACCACCUCGGGGGCCGAUUUUGAGUUUGUGUAACCUAGUUUUUUUAUUGAUUCUGCUGUUUUUGAAAUUAUUAUGUUUAAAUUAGAGAGUUUGUUACAUUGGUAUAUGUAUUGCUAUUACAAUCACGUUUUCUCUAUUCAUAAAAAUGUUCUAAACGGACAUGCUUUUUCUUGCUUUCUGUCCUAAUUAUGUAAAUAAGUUUGUUUACUGAACUAAAUGAUUAAAACUACUUCUAAUGAAUACAAUUGUCAAAGUAUCAGAGUCUUAGAUUAUUAAUCACGAAACACAACUGGAAAAACAUUAACUUGCUAUUAAAAGGACAGGAAAAAUACGCAACUUACACGUGACUCUAUUGAUAUGUCUCUUCUGGUUAUAAAUAAAAGACAUUGUGUAAAUAAUGAAAUUAAGUUAUUAAUCUUAACUAUUAUUUAAUAUGAAAUUGUGUGAAAUAAAAAAAAAUGAAGCAUAAUUGAAGAGUUACCUACUAAUUGUUAC